AUGAGAAGCAGCCCGACACUGGUGGGGACCUUUUGGGCCUUCCUGUCCCUUGUUACUGCUAUGGCCAGCUUUACCAGUUACUUCCUGCCAUACUGUCUCUUCAGAUCCCAGCUGGGGAAGCCAGUGUCAUUCAGUACAUUCUGGAGGUGCAACUACACUGUACCAGGGGAGGGGGACAGUGUGAACAUGGUGGAAGAGUGUGGAUGCUAUGACAGCUUUAGUGCCAUCCCAAGCCUUGCCUGGCAGAUGUGCAUGAUGGUGACAGUUGCAAGCUGUGCUCUCUUCCUCCUGGUGGCAUUAGCUGUAGUCCUGGGCUGCUUUGUGGAGGAGCUCAUCUCCAGAAUGAUGGUAUGUUGCAUGGGAGCAGCACAGUUUGUGGGAGGGUUGCUAAUAAGCUCAGGCUGUGCAUUAUACCCCUGAGGAUGGAAUAUCCCAGAGAUAAUGCAAACAUACAGGAAUGUCUCCAAUCAAUUUCAGUUAGAAUAA